AUGAGUUCAAAAACAGAUGCUAAGCAAUCUGAAAAUGGAUCAUCCCCUACAGAUGGAGAAUAUCCUUAUUGGAUGAGUUUUAAACCGGGAGAUGAUCAGGUUGAACCAAUCAAACUACAGGUCAAAGGUACAAUUCCAACCUGGGUUAAAGGUUCACUCUAUAGAAAUGGAUCUGGUUUAUUUGAAAUAAACAAUCAAAAAGUUAACCAUGUGUUUGAUGGAUUUGCUGUACUGGUCAGAUUCACAAUCCAAGAUGGCGGAGUAAUGUUUCAGAGUCAUUUACUGGAUAGUGAGACGUGGGAGAAGUGUUAUAAAGCCAAGCGUAUUGUUGUUGAUCAGUUUGCUUCCAAUGCUCUUCCAGAUCCUUGUAAAAGUAUUUUCUCUAGGAUAUUUUCCGUAUUUCAACCACCGAAGGGAACAGAUAAUACAGCCGUGAAUAUUGUGGAAAGAGGAGAUGAAUUAUGGGCCUUUACAGAAACUCCCAAAGUGAACAGAAUUGAUCCUAAAACUCUAUCGAAAUCUGGGCAGAGCGAUUUUACUGACUAUUUAGCAGUUCAUCUGGCCACUGCUCACCCUCAUCUAGAGCCAGAUGGAACUCUAUAUAACCUUGCUACUUGCUUUAACUAUACUAAAGCCUUCAAUAUUGUCAAAAUACCACCCAAUUCUAAUGGUAAUUUAAGCUGGGAUCAGAUUGAAGUAGUAGGAAGUUUUCCAUCAAAAUGGAAAGGCACUGUGGGAUACAAUCAUAGUUUUGGCAUGACAGAAAACUUUUUCGUUGUCCUAGAACAACCCUAUGCUUUCAGUAUACCCAGGCUGCUAAUUAAAAAGAUUGCCAGUUAUACAGUCAAUGACUGUAUACUAGCAUAUCCAAAGGAGAAGACUUUAUUCAAUGUGAUGACCAAAUUAGGAGUAAAUCUAAAAACUAAAUACAUGUCCGAUCCAAUGUUUGUAUUCCAUUUUAUCAACUGCUAUGAGAAAGACAAACAGCUGGUGGUAGAUUUUGUAUUUUAUGAUGAUGUUGGCUUCAUAGACAAACUAUAUAUGGAGUAUUUUAAAGACUAUAAAUAUAAAGAAACAGAUUCUAAACCUAAAUUUGGAAGAUUUGUCUUACCCCUGGAUGUUUCGAAAGCAGUGGUUGGUAAGAAUUUGGUGACAUUGGACAGUAAAGCUACAGCUACACUACAAGAAGAUGGUAGUGUUUACCUGACACCAGAUUUGAUCAUUGAAGAGGGUUUGGUUAUGGAACUUCCACAGAUAAAUUAUCAACAUUAUAACUCCAAAGAAUAUCGCUAUGUUUACGCUUCUACUAUAUUUUCUAAAUUCAAUAAGAUCCAUAAACUAGAUUUAAAAGAACGUAAAGUGGUAACAUAUUCUACUGAUGGUGAAGAGUUUGAUUAUUUCCCAGGGGAACCGAUAUUCGUACCCAAACCUGGUGGUAAGAGAGAAGAUGAAGGUGUAUUGCUGGCACCUAUAACGUCCAACAUUGCUGGGCUGGCCUCCUACCUGGUUAUUAUUGAUGCUGAGACAAUGAAGGAAGUGGCUCGUGCUGUUUUACCAGCUGAUGUCAUGAUGACCUUAACAUUCCAUGGUACAUUCUCUACUACUAAAUUAUAA